AUGAAGUUCAUAAUUGAGACGGCUGAUGGAAGGAGGCGGAGGAAGUACAAGCAGACAACAAAGAGGGAAGGACAUGUGCGAAGACAGGUUGAGAACCCGGAAUCUAUUGCAGAUCACAUGUAUCGGAUGGGGUUAAUGGCUUUAAUCUGUGCUGACAUUCCUGAGAUUAAUCGAGACAAAUGCAUAAAAAUGGCUAUUGUUCAUGAUAUUACAGAAGCAAAGGAGAUAGCUGAUUUAUGGAUGAAAUAUGAAGAGAAUUCUACUCCAGAAGCUAAGAUUGUGAAAGAUUUUGACAAGGUAGAGAUGAUACUUCAAGCUUUGGAAUAUGAAAAUGAGAAGGAGCUUAGGUCUGAUCCUGCAUAUUUAUCUUACUAUUACUCAAAUGUCAAUCUGAACCCAAGGCGGCUGCCGCUGCCUCUGUUGUCCAAGGAGGAUUGGUAG